CAUGGCGCGCUCUCCGGGGCAGAUGCUGCUGCUCGGGCCGCUCCUUUGCCACCUGGCCUCCGCCUUCAACCUGGACACGGGCAACGUGGUCGUGUGGAACGGCGAGUCCGGGAGCCUCUUCGGCUUCUCCCUGGCCAUGCAUCGGCAGCUGGAGCCGCAGGACAGGAGGCUAUUGCUGGUAGGGGCACCUCGACAGAGAGCUUUUCGGACGCAGCUAGCCAAUAGGACGGGAGGGUUGUACAGCUGUGACAUUUUGCUUCCAGAUGUGCCAUGCACGCGGAUAAAAUUUGAUGAAAGAGCUGAUCCAACAAAAGAAAGCAAGGAGGACCAAUGGAUGGGCGUAACUGUCCGAAGUCAAGGGCCAGGCGGGAAAGUGGUGACCUGUGCCCAUCGCUACGAGAAAAGGCAGUACGUCAACACGAUCCAGGAAACUCGAGAUAUCAUUGGGAGGUGCUAUGUCCUAAGUCAGGAUCUCACCAUCAAGGAUGAUGGCAUGGAUGGCGGGGACUGGAGCUUUUGUGAUGGCCGGCUGAGAGGCCACGAGAAGUUUGGUUCAUGCCAACAAGGAGUGGCUGCCACUUUUACCAGGGACCACCAUUAUGUCGUAUUUGGGGCACCUGGCACCUACAACUGGAAAGGAGUGGUUCGGGCAGAGCAAAAAAAUCAGACAUUUUAUGACAUGGGUAUCUUUGACGAUGGGCCUUACGAAGUUGGUGAUGAGAACAGCCGUGAUGAGAACCUAGUCCCUGUUCCAGCUAACAGUUACUUAGGUCUUCUUUUUAUGACAAGUGUGUCUGAUACUAACCCUGAUCAGUUUGUCUACAAAACACCACCUCCUGGUGUCAGAGUAGACAAGCCCACUGAUUUGAUGACGAAUAGCUACCUAGGGUUUUCCUUGGACUCGGGAAAAGGUAUUGUAUCUAAAGAAGAUAUGACGUUUGUUUCUGGAGCCCCAAGAGCAAACCAUAGCGGAGCUGUGGUCCUGUUGAAAAAAGAUCGCAACACUCCAAGUGCGCUGACCCUUGAGCACAUGUUUGAAGGCGAGGGGCUGGCUUCUUCAUUCGGCUAUGAUGUGGCAGUUGUAGACCUCAACAACGAUGAUUGGCAAGAUAUAGUUGUUGGCGCCCCACAAUAUUUUGACAGGAGUGGAGACAUUGGUGGUGCUGUGUACAUUUUUAUUAAUCAACAAGGCAAGUGGGAAGGGGUCAAGCCAAUUCGGCUCAAUGGAACCAAAAACUCCAUGUUUGGAAUUGCUGUUGAGAGUAUUGGUGACGUUAAUCAAGAUGGCUUUCCUGAUAUAGCUGUGGGAGCACCAUAUGAUGAGGAAGGCAAAGUGUUUAUAUAUCAUGGCUCCAGCAAUGGAAUAAUGACAAAACCAGCACAGAUUCUCGAAGGCAAAGGCAAUGACAUUAUGGUCUUUGGUUAUUCUAUUGCCGGAAACAUGGAUCUUGACAGAAACUCCUAUCCUGAUAUUGCUGUUGGAUCACUUUCAGAUUCUGUGGCUGUUUUCAGAUCGAGACCAGUGGUAAACAUUGAGAAAACUAUCGAGAUCUCUCCAAACAAAAUUGACAUGAACAGAAAAAAUUGUCUUGAGUCCAGUGGAAUAUGCAUGAACGUUAAAGCAUGCUUUGAAUAUACAGCUAGUCCGAGUAACUUCAACCCCCCAAUAACUCUGGACUAUACAUUUGAAGCGGAAAAUGAAAGGCGGCGCUUAGGUUUGCCAUCUAGAGUGCAGUUUGUGGAACGCCUCUCCGAUCAGUUCAGCGGAAGUGUGACUCUGGCGGGACAGAAGAGGCGAGAGUGUGUGACCAACAAGCUCAUUCUGCAGGACAAAAUUAAAGACAAACUGCGUCCUAUUCCUGUAACAGUUGGCGUCAGAAUUCAAGGGUCUGAAUCCAGUGCUCAACCCAGCAGGAGGCAAGGAAGGUCACUUCCAGAUCUUGUUCCAAUUCUAAACUCAAACGAACCAAGAACAGUUCAUUCAGAAGUACAGUUCCUAAAAGAAGGGUGUGGAUCGGACAAUAUAUGUCACAGCAAUCUGGAGCUUCAGUACAGAUACUGCACCAGAGAAGGAAUUGAAGAGAGAUUUGCCUAUUUACCAAUUGAGGAUGGUAUUCCGGUGCUUGUCCUGAAAGACCAGAAAGAUAUUGCCCUUGAAAUUACAGUGACAAACCUCCCAUCAGAUCCAAGACAACCCCAGAAGGAUGGGGACGAUGCCCAUGAAGCUAAAUUAAUUGCCACCUUUCCAGAUAGCUUGACUUACUCUGCCUUCAGGGAGUCAAAAGGCUCUCUGGACAAACAGCUGACCUGUGGAGCCAAUCAAAAUGGUUCUCAAGUAGAAUGUGAACUUGGAAAUCCUUUCAAAAGAAACUCAACAGUUACAUUUUAUGUAAUUAUAAGUACAACUAAAGUGAACGUUGAUACGCGGGAUUUGGACAUUAAUCUGAAAUUGGAAACAACAAGCAAUCAAGUUAAUUUGGAUCCAAUUAUUGCUAGAGCUAAAGUAGUUAUUGAACUGCUCUUGUCGCUGACAGGGGUUGCAAAGCCGUCCCAGGUGUAUUUUGGAGGCAAUGUCAUUGGUGAAAGUGCUAUGAAAUACGAAGAUGACAUGGGUAGUUUGAUAGAAUACGACUUCCGAAUAACGAAUUUGGGCAAGCCGCUUAAAACAUUUGGCACUGCUUCCUUGGAUAUCCUGUGGCCCAAAGAAAUUAAGAAUGGCAAGUGGCUGCUGUAUUUGGUGUCAAUAAACUCCAAAGAAUUAGGAGAACUUCAGUGUGAACCACGACAUGAAAUAAACCCUUUAGGAAUUCAGACAUUUAGAAGCUCAAGGAAAAAACGUGAAGUUGCAGAGAAGCAGACAGAUAAAAGGUUUUCUUUGUUUUCAGAAAGAAAAUACAAGACUUUGGAUUGUAAUGGUGAAGCAAACUGUGUCGUCAUAAGUUGUCCCCUGCAAGAUCUGGACAGUAAGGCAUCUGUCAUGUUGCGCUCACGAUUGUGGAACAGCACUUUCCUAGAGGAAUAUUCUAAACUCAACUAUGUAGAUGUUCUCCUUAAAGCUAAAAUAAGCAUUGCCGCUUCUGCAGAUAAUAUUAAGCUAGUAAAUGAAGCUACUCAGGUACGGGUCACUGUCUUUCCUGCAAAGACAAUAGCAUUGUAUAAAGGUGUGCCUUGGUGGAUCAUCUUAGUAGCCAUUCUUGCAGGAUUGUUAAUGCUUGCUCUGUUGGUAUUCUUACUAUGGAAGUGUGGGUUCUUCCAGCGUUCUAGGUACGACGCCAGCAUUCCCCGAUACCAUGCUGUAAGAAUUCGGAAAGAGGAGAGGCAGAUCAAAGAUGGAAAAACUAAAGAGCAUCAUGCAAAAAAGCAAUGGGUCACGAAAUGGAAUGAAAAUGAAAGUUACUCCUGAGGAUUCCCCCUGUACUGAAGGCUUAAAUGGUUUUAAAUGUCUUUGACUCACAUGACAGAUGGAUAAAGCUUUGGUAGAUAUUGUCAGCUUAUGUCAAAGCCUUUUGUUUUACAGAUCUAAUUUCACAGACUAAAAGUAACUUUGAAUGCAUUAUUUAAAUUUUCCAGUCUUAAAAACUAAAAGGACUGCAUUCUUCAUCAGUCUUUUGAGCUAGAAAGCAUGCCUGCCCAAGCUUUUGUUUUAUUUUGGCAGUUGGCUUACAAUGCGCAUAGAGAACCAGGAGCUGUUUUAAUUAUGAGAAGAAGGGUGGAGUUUCUCUAAUCAGAGAGAAAAAAAAAUUAAAGAGAAUUUCUUUAUGGUG